AUGAACAUGAGAAUGAAGAGAGUUCUUCUGAUGCUGGCACUGCAGCUAGCAAUCUCAAAUGCUGUGCCUCUGCGUCCAGAAAAUACUCCCAUAGGAGAAGAUGAAACAACUUUUGUGCUGGACUAUCUGGAAAAAUACUAUGGCCUUUCGAGUGAUCCAAUCCCUGUAGAAAGGAAGAGGAGCAAUAGCCCUGUGGAGCAGAAAAUUCAAGAAAUGCAGAGGUUUCUAGGGUUAAAGGUGACCGGCAAAGUGGAUUCUGACACUCUGGAAAUGAUGCACAAGCCCAGAUGUGGAGUUCCUGAUGUUGGAAAAUAUUCGUUUUUCCCUGGGAGUCCAAGGUGGAAUAAACAUGAUCUUACUUACAGAAUUGAGAAUUACACUCCAGACAUGUCUAAAGCCGAUGUAGAAUUCUCCAUUCAGAAAGCCUUCCAAGUGUGGAGUGAAGUGACUCCACUGACAUUCCAAAAGCUCAACGAGGGCCAAGCUGAUAUAAUGAUAUCUUUCGCAUCUGAAGCCCACGGUGACUUUUAUCCUUUCGACGGCCCUGAGGGUACCCUAGCCCAUGCCUACCAUCCUGGGAAAGGAAUCGGGGGAGAUGCUCACUUUGACGAAGAUGAAACCUGGACCAAGGACUCAAGAAGAUACAACUUAUUCAUCGUUGCUGCUCACGAGUUUGGCCAUUCAUUGGGUCUUUAUCAUUCCAAUGUACCUCACUCCCUAAUGUUCCCACACUAUUCUGAUAGUGAUCCCAACACAUUUCAGCUUCAUCAAGAUGACAUUAAUGGUAUCCAGACACUCUAUGGACCCCCACUGAAAUCUCCCAAACCAACCAGAUCAACACCAAAAACCUCAGCAGUUCCUUCUACAUGCAGUCCUAACCUCGUAUUUGAUGCUGUCACUACCAUCAGAGGAGAAAUGCUUUUCUUUAAAGACAGCCAUUUCUGGCGUAAGCAUCCGCAACUCACAGAAGUUGAUCUUAAUCUGAUUUCCUCAUUCUGGCCAUUUCUCCCAACUGGCAUCGAAGCUGCUUAUGAAGUUGGAUCCAAGGAUCAAGUGCUGUUCUUUAAAGGUAACCAGUACUGGGCGAUCAACGGCUAUGACCUGCUACCUCGCUACCCCAAGAACAUCCAAACGCUGGGCUUCCCAAGCAACGUGAGAAAGAUCGACGCAGCUGUCCAUGACAAGUAUUCAGGCCAAACCUACUUUUUUGUAGAUGACCUGUACUGGAGGUACGAUGAACACAGGCAGGCUAUGAACCCGGGUUACCCCAGAAAGAUCAACUCUGAUUUUCCUGGAAUCGAAUCGAAAAUUGAUGCUGUCUUCUACCACCAAAGAAACUUCUACUUCUUCCAAGGAUCCCAACAACUUCAGUUUGAACCUUCUUCCAAACGUGUUAUCCAGAUAAUGAAUAGUAACAGCUGGUUUGACUGUUAGAAACAUUCAUUGUGAAAAUGGCAUUAUACCUCACGUAUAAAGAAGGAAAAUAGCAUCUACAAUGGUGUAGGUCAGAGCCUAAUCUAAUUGACUGCUGUCUGAGUAGCCAUCUGACUGUUUGCACCGUGAAUUUUUUUUUUUUGAAAUUUUUUAUACCAAAGUU